UUAACUGUGAAAUCCCGGUUAACUGCAAAAAAUUUAGGGCUUGCAAUAAUACGAGCGGUUGAGGACUGUAGUGCAUAGAUGUAGUGUUAUCUGUUUACACUUAAUUUUUUUAAAUCCCGCACAUCACCCACUGUUAUCGUUAAAAGAAUCCCAGUAAAGUGUCUAAUUUCCGCUUCUACCUUUUAUCCUUAAAUUAGGUACGCGGGUGCUGAAUUUAAUAUGGAAUUCAGCAUGAAGUCAAUCAAAGGAUUUGCAGCUGAAGCAGCUACUGCAUUUAGUCGUGCAGUCCAAUACACUGAAGAAAAGCUUGGAACAUCUGAGAAAACAGAACUUGAUGCCCAUUUUGAUGGGUUGGCAUCGCGUUCUGACAGGACUAAGCAUUGGACAGAAAGACUUGUUUCUAGAACUGAUGCAGUUCUUCAACCAAAUCCCAAUACAAGGGUUGAAGAUUAUUUAUUUGAGAAACUUGAUAAGAAGCGAGAACAUCCAUCCAAUUUAGAUUUGCUUGGACAAGAUAUGAUUGAAGCUGGUGCUGAUUUGGGCUCGGGAACACCAUAUGGUAGUGCUUUGAUAAAAAUUGGACAAACACAGCAACGUCUAGGUGCAGCUGAAAGGGAAUUUGUCCGAGCUGCUAUGACCACAUUUGUCAGUCCUUUGAAGCGUUUUUUAGAUGGUGACAUGAAAACAAUAAUGAAAGAAAGAAAAAUCCUUGAAAAUAAGAGACUUGAUCUAGAUGCUUGUAAAGGCAGGCUGAGAAAAGCGAGAUCUAUGGAGAGCCAAGCAAAUCUUAAACCUGACGUAGUGCAGAGGGAGAUACAGCAGUAAUCUGUUGGCCAAAGGAUGCAGCAGAUUUUCCAUGUUAUUGAUUGUGCAGUGUAAAAUAUAUAUUUUGCCAUCAAUUUGAAUAAAGUAGAAAAUUAUAACACUAUUUAG